AUGUACGGAGACCUGGGCAACAAGCUGGUCCAACAUGCCAAGCGAACCCAGAACCUAACACAUCUUCCCCCAUACCAAGCCGAGAUCGUUCGGGCCGUAACACGAGAAGUGAGGGAUCUCGACAAGGAUGUGGCCGAACUACUAGAGCCGUUCCAAGGCUCAUUCGAUCCCAGCGCUGAUCAGGCCGUCGCCUGCACGUUGCUCGUGAACCACCUCUCGAUGCGAAGGAAUAAGCGAUGUCUACUUGCAUAUCAUCGGACACGGACAGAUAAGCUGGAAGAGCUGGUGUGGAAUGGAGCAGACGUUGUUGACCUCUCUGGCCAACAAGUGCGAGACGGCGCUAGCCACUCUACAUCAGGAGGUCCUGGGCCCAGCGAUGCCCCGACCAGCAGUCUGAGUCCGCAAGAGGAGGACUAUGUCAGACAGUAUAGCGAUCUACUGGCAGCAUACAAGGGCCAAUGGACGGAUAUCGAUCUCACAGGUAGCCUAGAGCCACCACGGGAUCUGUUCAUCGACGUUCGGGUACUCAAAGAUGCUGGCGAAAUCCAGACGGAGUAUGGCGCGAUUACAUUGACCAAGAACAGUCAAUUCUACGUACGUCAGGGAGACGUCGAACGGCUGAUCGCGCAGGGAUAUCUGCAUAAGCUGGGUUGA